GCAUCGGCAAUUCCAUUUCAAUUACUCUUAGCGGUUACGCUUUAAUUUUUUUUUAUAUAUGCCCGAUAUAUCACGCAUGGGGGUUUAUUACUGGGAGUCGGCUAGUAGAGCGGAGUGUAGACAGAAAAUUCCCUCCCCCGCGAGCCUGCCUUCUCCUUCCUCCUCUCCGAGCCGCACGAUUUGGCUCCCGCCGACCCUUCCUCCCACUCCCAGCUCUCGGCCUAGAUUUCUACAAGCCGCGCGAGCUCUCCUUCAUCUUCCUUUCACUCGGGUAGGUAACAGGAGCUGUGUCGAGUGUCUCACGAGCUGCUCGAGCUCUCCAGGUAGUCAAUCGAAGUUCCUUUUCUUCUUCCUCUUUUCCUUUGAUGCUCGCGGCACUCGACAGACCCGCUAGAACUCUCGUCACACUCCUACACUCGAGAGAGAAUGGGAGGAAUUGACCGCAGGAUCUACAUGAUGUGAUGCUAGCGCGAGCAGACCAGAGCGGGAAAGCGAGUAAUGGAAGAAGAAGGGAAGAAAGCGUUAGCCUUGCAACAACGGCAACUCCUGAUGCAGCAGAGACAGCAACAGAUCCAACUAUUACAACGGCAGCAGCAGCAGCAGCAGCAACAGCAAGCCAUGGCGAGAUUCCCUUCCAACAUCGAUGCCCAUCUGCGCGCGCCUGGGAUGCGGCCGCACCUCCUUCAGCCGCAGCAUCAGCCGCUACUCCAUCAGCAACAGCAGCAGCAGCAGCAACAACCUCCGCCACCGGUGACUGCAACGGUCCCUCCGACGGCGACGGCAUCAGCGUUGCCUGGAAGGUUGCGGCCUGGAAACUCGAUCGAGGCGGAGAUGGUGCACCAGGAUGUCAUGAAUGUCUGCAAUCCCGACUUCAAGCGCCCAUUUUCGUCCGUCGAGGAUGCGGUGCUUAGGCUACUGCCAUAUCAUGUUAUGGCUGACUACGAGGCCGAGGAAGAUGACAGGAUACUCGACAGCGAUACAACUGGGCAAAUUCCGUCUCGUCUCCAGCAAUGGGAUCACAACAUUCUCGCGAAGAUUGCGGAGCUAACCGCUACUUUCGAGAAGCAGGUCCUCGCCUUCAACAUCAUGUCUCGGAAGAGGGCCGUCGGGGAGUUCCGUUCCGAGGAGAAGCUCAUGGUAGAGCAAGCUCUUCUUCAAGAGGAGAAGCAACUAUUGUUGGCGCUACGUGCUGAAGUCGAGUUGCGUGAGAAAGCCGGAAGGGAAGCAGCGGCAGCUGAGGCGAGGAUGCGGUUGGCUGCAGCCCAGGCCGAGCAUGCACGGGCAGAGGCACACACGCAGGCCGAGAUGGCCGCUCGUAUGCCGCAGCGAGCCAUUCGGGCGAAUGCCGCUGCUUCGCACAGUGAGGUUGGGGUGAGUAAUAUGAUGGUGCAACAGCAGCAGCAGCAGGGCGGUAAUGAGGAAGAUAUGGGUGAAGGAGAUGAGGACCCUUCAGACGAUUUUUUGAAUGAUGAGAAUGAACAGGAAAAUGGAGAUGUUGCAGGGCAAGAAUGGCAGAACGAUACUGGGGAGCUGGACUUGAACAGCAGGUGAUCUUUUUAGGUGGCAAGUUUGUAUCUGGAAUUAGCUCCAUCAAUCUGUUUUAAAGGCCGUGCUUUUCUUAAAGCUAAUAUGAAACUAUGGAUGAGAAUUCUGGAUAAAAUCAAGCUUAAUUUCAGACUCGGAUUUUUCAUGAGCUGCUAUUAUUUGGGACAUUUACAUAUAAACCACCUAAUUCUUAUGUAUUUACAUUAAAAUAGAAUGAAUGGAGCUGCUAUUAGUUGGGGCAUUUUACAUA